AUGUCACUCGCUGCCGCGGGCUCACCGGACGAGUACGAUUAUGUUAUCAUCGGCUCUGGCCCUGGAGGCGGCUCUCUUGCGGCAAACUUGGCAACUAGCGGGAACUCUGUCUUUCUCAUCGAGGCCGGCGGGGAUAGGUCGGAAGACCUCAGACAGGUUUUGCCUGUCCUUUCCCCUAAUGCUGCUGAGACGCCCGGACACUCAUGGCAGUUUUUUGUCGAGCAUUAUGCUGACCCCGAGGUGGCUCGUCGCAACCCGAGGUACACCUACCGGACGAUGAAUGGAACGCUGUACUACGGCCUGGAGCCUCCUUCUGGAGCUGAACCGUUAGGUGUUAUGUACCCGAGGGGUGCUACCUUGGGAGGCAGUUCUCAGGUCAAUGCCAUGAACUUCAUCUGGGCGCCCGAUAACGAAUGGGAUAACAUUGCCAAUCUCACCGGGGAUCACUCAUGGCAUCAUGAUCAAAUGCGCCGGCAUUUCAUGGACCUUGAGAACUGCACCUAUGUCCCCGGGAGUACCGAAGGCCAUGGGUUCGAAGGUUAUCUAGAUUCGAGCUUGGGCGAUGCCUCGGGUCUUUUGGCAAAUGAAAAUGCCGCUCAGUUCAUGGCCGAGUUCUUUCUUGAAGCUGAGGGUGUCGAGAUUGACAGCACCGAAAGUAUGGCGGAGCUCUUUAACCGCGACAUAAAUGGAGCUCCAAACGACCGAUACCAAGGCGGUUUUAUCUUUAAUACUCCUGCUGCUGUUUCACCUACUAUAGGCGGCAGAAGCAGCAUCGCGAGAUACAUCAAGAGUGUCAUUGCUGCCGGUCACCCCUUGACUGUUAGCUUUCACUCUCUGGCUACCAGGGUCCUCACGAGAAAGUCGUUUUGGGGCAAGCCAAAAGCGUACGGGGUGGAAUACAUAGUUGGCGAGGGACUGUACUCUGCAGAUGGGCGCUAUGAUCCCUCUCAGACCGCUGAGACCCGGACAGUCAAGGCCAAGAAGGAGGUUAUUGUUUCAGGCGGCGCCUUCAACACGCCUCAAAUCCUUAUGCUGAGUGGCAUUGGCCCCCGCAGCGAGCUGGAGAAGCAUAAUAUCCCCAUUGUGGCCGAUGUUCCCGCUGUUGGAAACUUCCUGCAAGACAACUAUGAGGUCCCUUUUGGCAUCGAGGCUGAGGAGCCCUGGGUCAACGAGGGCGAGUCUCCGUGCACCAAAACGUUUAACGAGAAUGACCCAUGUUUUGUGCAGUGGCAGGAGACACGGGAUGGGCCUUACGCCUCACGCGCAGGGCUCUCUGCGAUUACUCGUACUAGCGUAAGCCACGACGAUGACUCGGAUAUCCUCUACCUUGCCGUCCCCGGCCUUGGAGGAUUUGGUGGCUUCUACCCGGGAUUCUCCAACAGAACCGUCAGUCCAACUUCGUGGGGCUUCCCUAUCAUUAAGAUGCAGACCCGCAACACCGCCGGAACUGUCAGACUUCGGUCCACCGACCCAAGGGAGGCUCCGGCUAUCAACUUCAACUAUUUCUCCGAGAAUGCCGAUACAGACUUCCAGGCAGUUGGCGAGGCCAUAGAUCUGCUGCGCCGCGCUUUCGACGCAACCGGUAUCACGUACAAGGUAGUCUACCCAGACCCCAGCAUGGAUCUUAGGCAAAGCAUAAUGGACUUGGCCUUCAGCCACCACGCAACGUCAUCAUGCCGUAUGGGUCCUACUAGUGACCCAGACUACUGCGUUGACUCCAAGUUCCGAGUAAACGGUGUCGAUAAGUUACGCGUUGUAGACGCUUCUGUUUUUCCUCGCUCACCCGGCGGUAUGCCUAACGGGCCGACCUUUACUAUCUCUCGCAAAGCCUACGAGGUUAUUAUGGAGGGAUCAUAA